AUAGAAGAAGUGUAUUUUUCUUUUCUUUUAAAUUUAAAUUCUUUUAGUACCGAACUGCGUCAAAAAAGGUGCUGCUAGAAUGCAUCAAUGCAAAUUGACAGAAAUUAAAUUAGAGAAUCAUUAAAUAUUAAAUCAUUUACUGAUUAUUGAACCUAGAUAAAGGUUAUUGAACGUUUUUACCAAUCUGCCUGCUUGCCGCUAUUCUGCUAAUCGGUCGUUUAACCACGCAACAACAAACAAAUAUCUUUACUGUAUGUGGACUGUGGAAUGCCGAAAAGUGCUAAGACGUUAAGUGGUUUAAUACUAAGAUUAAUCUAUGCGUUGUAUGAUUUUAACUAUCACAAUCAAGCAUCAUGGUAGUCCGGUGUUGUGUUCGUGGAUGUAAAGUGACAGCCAACGAAGGCAUUAAGAUGCAUGUUUUGCCAAAAAAUGAUGAGAGGAGAAGAAUAUGGUGUCAAUCAAUCAAUAGGCCAGAUUUAUUUGACAUUAACGAAUCAAAAAGGCGAAACAUUAUCAGGAUUUGUGAUAAUCAUUUUUUGGAUAAAUAUAAAAUUGAUUUUCGUAAUGUUAAAACUACAUUAAGAUUUGAUGCUUCACCAUUAAUUACACUAGGUGAGCCAGAGCCUUCAUUAGACAUGUCAGACGCAAACAUUGUUCAUAUAACCAUGCCAUCUAAACACACAGACGAAAGUAGUAAUUGUUCUGCCAGUCUUACCCAUUCAUCCCAAUUUCCUGAGUAUAUUACAGAAGUCUGUGAAGAGACAAACAGCGAAAGCCAUAAAGAAAAUAUCGAUUCUCACGAUCAUUCCGUGAUUAAAGAAGCAGAAGAAGAAGAAUAUCAUUGCAGGACUUGCUUAAAUGUUACUAAAAAAGACACAAGUACGUGGGUCACGGAAAACAUGUUUCUAAAUAAAACCAUUAAGGAUGUAAUAGCGUUUUUGGUUCCCGAAAUGGAAAUGAAACUGAACGACGAUGAGGUGGUGUGCACGAAUUGUUUGAAAAUUUUGAUGUCUACAAUGAAGUUUAUUAUAAAGUGUUUAGAAGUAGAUGCUCUGCUUAUGAAGGAGAAGGAAGAAGUGCAUUGUAAUGAGGACACGUCAUUAAUAGAAAAAUGUGAAAAUGUGGAGGAAAUUGAAAGUGCAGAAGUCGAUACUGAACAUGAUUAUUGCGGCAACACCGUUUCCGUGGGUGACAAUAUGUCGGUUGAAGAUCCCGCUGAUAUAAAGAACGUCACUAUAUUGGACCAAGAGUUAGAUGAGGUCAGCGAAGGAGAUAGUAUGACGUUGCAGUAUGGAAACGUGUCAUAUGUUGAAAAUGAUGUUGAGAUUCAGUACGAGACGGUGGCAAAGUGGCUUCCGAAAAGCGAAGAGGAAGAGUUGAAUGAACAAACGCUUGCCGAGGAAUAUGAGAGUUACGACGAGGAAGCCGAUGUUAAGGAAACACGUAAAUGUUCAACCUGCAUGGAAAGUUUUACAACAAGAAAAGAUUACGAGGCUCAUUGCCAAAUACACCCCCCUUACGUAUGCGAAACCUGUGGCAAGUGUUUCGCAAAGAGAGACUCGCUGAGAGCCCACAGAUUUACCCACAACGAUCCGAACAGCUACAUCUGCGAGGUGUGCGGGAAAGGAUUUAAGGACUACGGCACCCUACGAUGUCACCUAAAGAGUCACGCAAGCGAUCAAACGUACAUCUGUGAUAAGUGCUCCAAAGUGUUUAAGACUAGGAGACUGCUAGACAUUCAUGUAAAAUAUGUUCACGAUAAGGUCUACAGCAAGCAGUGUACCAUAUGCGGCAUUUUCAGUAAGAACGAGGCAGCACUUCAGAUGCACAUGAGAUUGGUCCACUUCAAAGAAAAGCCUUUCGAGUGUAACAUUUGCAAUAAGAAAUUUGGUCGGUCCGACUACUUGCACAACCACAGGUUACGUCACGCAGGCGAGCCGAGAAUCGUUAGCAAACGGCAAUCCGAGAAGAGGAAAGCAAAGAACACAAGGAAGCGGCGUAUAAUUUAUGAUACAGGCGAACCCGUGCCCUGUAAAUUCUGCGGGCAGUGGUACAAAGACAUCAUAAGGUUGAAGCGUCACCUGGAAACGCACCUGAAGAGGUACCCGUGUCAGUUCUGCCCGUUAACGUUCCCCCGCAACAUCCUCUGCAAGAGACACGAGGAGAUUCAUCGGGGCGGUACGGUCAACUUCUCCAGGUGUAACGUGUGCUGGAAAAAGUUUAAAACCAAAGAAGCCCUAGACGAACACGUCAAGUGCCACAACAAUCCGCAGCAUUUCUGCGACUUGUGCGGGAAAACGUUCAACAGGAAGUUCUUGCUGAGCCAUCAUAAGUUGACGGACCACAGUAACAUUCCCGAUGAGGAACAGCCGGAAGAGAUAAUUUAUGAUAGUUUGCUGGAGGUCGGUGGUUUAUCAACGGAAAUGGACGAGUGAUUGUGUUUUUCAAGAGACUGAAGUGAAGGAUAACUAAUAAUUUGUUUUAAAUUUAAAACCGAGUUAUGUUAAUAAAGUUUCAAGUUACUUUCAUU